AAAAGUUUUUGGACCAAAAUGGGCGACGACAGUGAAUCUGCCCCAAUGACUGAAAACCGAAAAUGCAUCUUGCAUGGCUGCGGUCUACUAAGUUAGACAGCUGCAAUGCCACAACAAUCACAAUGCCAGGGGCAGGGGCAGUCACGCACGAGCUCAAUAGCUUAGAACGAGCUGCAAGUGGGAAUUUCAUUGCAAAUGAAACUAAACAGCAUUUCGGCGCCUUUCGCAGCGAAAUCACGAAAGCGCAGCCCCAUUGCCCGACAACAGCAUCUGGCUAAUUGCCGUGAUAUUUAGACUAAGACAAAGCGUGAGUUUUUUGUGUUUUGGAUUUUAUUUAAUUUUUUUCUUUUUCAAUUUCAGCAACCGCCCGACAUGCAAUUGGCCACCAAGUAUAAAAUGCAUACGGUCCACCGGCCAGCACUCAGUUGAGCGCCCAAAGAGCAGUGCCUCACCUCACGGAUUGCCAUCGCCCAAGGAGCAGCUGCAUCCCAGGAUCAAAAACCGAAAAUCACCAUCGCAGACAUGAUCAAGUACGUGUGGCAUGUGGCAGCUCUCAUGAUUGUCUUCUGUUGGCUCUCGAGUGCCCGGAGUGCCAGCUACCAGCAUCAGAGCCUGAACAGUCUGAGUUCUGGAUCCAAGCCAGAGGCCACUAAUACCCUUUUGGGCUCCACGGGCAUCUGGAAGGACAUGUCGAUGGUCUAUCGCAUUUACCAGCAGUGUUCGGGAGACAAUAUGUCUGUGUGCCUGAAGGUCAAACUACUAACUGGCCUGGAAAAGGCCUUCCGAUCCGCCAAAACACUCCCUCUAAUGGAUGGCAUUCAGUUUGUAAGUUCCGGUGGGGAGAGUGAGGAAAUCAAGAGGGCACCUAUCAAUGAACAGGAUAUUGAGGCCGUACUGCCGCGGAGCCUUGAAGCCAAGGAUCAGGUGCUGAACAACAUGAUUCUAAAGCGAGUGGGCAACUUCCUUCAAGAUCACACUCUGCAGAUCAAGUUCGACUCGGAAGCGAAUACGGUGGAGGGUCGCAAGAAGAAGGAAAAGAAGGGACACGGCGCCAUGAUCAUGAUCCCCUUGCUGCUCGGUGGCACGAUUGUGCCCCUGGCCUACGGAGCCCUGGCCAUGUUGGCCGGAAAGGCGCUGAUCGUAUCCAAGUUGGCCCUGGUUUUGGCUUCGAUCAUUGGCAUCAAGAAACUGUUGAGCGGAGGUGGCGGCGGAAAGGACUCCCACGAGGUGGUCGUCUCCUCGGGCAGCCACUCCGGAUGGGGUCGAGAACUGGACGCCUCCAUGGCGUACAGCGGCUGGAAACCGGCAGCCAAGGAAUCCGCGGGCAGCGCCAAGAGCCUGUGAGGUUAAUAUUGCAUUUGCGAGCUUGAAGUGAGAUUGACGGAGAGUGAACCAAACAAACGAUCGCCGCAGAAACUGUCUGACUAAUGUCUAGUAUAAUUCGAGAAAUCGAUCAUUAAUUUAACGAACUAAAUGUGUGUGUUAGGUUUAAGUAAGCGCUAAUUAAACAUAGUAA